AUGGACGCCGCGGACGGAUAUGAGCGUGGAACUUCUCUGCCGCCUCCAGGCGCAUCGAUGGAUGACUUCUUGGAUGUUGAGAGCUUUGUUACGUCCGUUGCAGACCUUCUAACCCCUCCCGAUCUCAACGCAUUCAACUUUGACCGCAAAGAUCUAUCCCCCAAGUGGCUCAACGACGUCUUCUCAAUCACACCUAGAACAACCACCGAGCCUGUGCCUCCAUCAACAGCGGAGAUCUCGGACAUCCCAUCACAACCGAGAGCCACAUCUUCGGAGAUUCAGAAGUGCCGAAACCCUCAGGGUCUCUGCCUUAGCCUGGCUACAGGGCUGCUCAAGUCCAUGCACUCCUGCUCCCCGUCCUGCCUCCUCGGCCUCGGCAUGGGCAGCCAGCACGGAGAGCCGCCGCUCUCUCGGGCAGUCGACACUGUCCUGUCCACCAACUACGAAGCGCUACGGGCCAUCCGUGGCUUCAUCCGGUGCCCCUGCUACGCAAGCCCACAGCUGCAGCUUCUGGUGACCGUCAUGUGCGCUGAGGCCAUCGCGUGGUACUGGCGCAUUAUCGACACGUAUAGCAGCCGCUGCGGUAGCACGAGCUUGGACGGUGGCGUCCGGCUUGCGGAGAGGGUCGAGAUGUCCCGGAAGUCAUUCUUCAUUGGCGAUCAGUGCUUGGAGAGCCGUCUCGAGGCGACCCUCAUUAGCCAGGUAGUUGCGAGUAGACUGCAGGAACUGGAAGAUCUGAUCGGGGACAUUUCUUGGAAUACGGAGCAAUCUGCCGCAACCAGCAGCGAGCCAAGAGGCCAUCCGAUGUAUAAUGCGGUGCAUAUAAGGAUGGAUGCCUUUCUGAAUACGCAGCUAGCGGCAGUUCGACGGGAGUUGCUCAAGCUACGCGAUGGCUCUCAGGGGCAUCAUGAGGAGAGUACUGGUCAGGGAUAUACUCAUGGGGCGACUUCGAGAUGA